GGAUUUACGAGAAGCACGCAAAGGCAGCAGAGCUAUUAGUUGUUUUCGGUUGUUUUAGCUACAUUCCAAAAUGACGGACCCGACAACGUCGCCAGAGGACCACUGGAAAACAGACGGUGCUUUCAGCGACAGUGGCUUUGACCCUAGUUUCUUUGCUGAAACUGUCAGAAAGGGUUCAGUUGUGUCCAGGGCCAACAGCAUCGGCUCAACAAGUGCCUCUUCAGUACCAAAUACAGAUGAUGAAGACAGUGACUAUAGACAUGAGACGUCAUAUAAGGACUCGUAUAAAGAUCGACGGAGACAAGCGCACACACAGGCGGAGCAGAAACGUAGGGAUGCUAUCAAGAAAGGGUAUGAAGAUCUCCAGUCCAUAGUACCAACUUGCCAGCAGCAGUCUGAAUUUGCAGUGGGAGCACAGAAGAUCAGCAAGGCUACCGUGCUACAGAAAACAAUCGACUAUAUCCAUUUUCUUCAUAAAGAAAAGAAGAAACAAGAAGAGGAAGUCUCUGUACUAAGGAAAGAAGUGAUGGCGCUGAAAAUCAUGAAAACGAACUAUGAGCACAUAGUGAAGGCCCACCAGAACCACCCACAGCAGGGAGAGGACCAGGUGUCUGACCAAGUCAAGUUCAACAUCUUUCAGAGCAUCAUGGACUCCCUGUUCCAGUCUUUUAGCAGUUCUGUUUCAGUGAGCAGCUUUCAAGAACUCUCCGCCUGCGUUUUCAGCUGGAUUGAGGAGCACUGCAAGCCACAUACGCUGAGGGAGUUUGUCGUAGGAGUGCUCCGGCAGCUCAAUGGUCAGCUUUAUUGAUUGAGUGAAACCUCUGGACUUAAUUGACCUUGGGGGAUGCUCUGGCCUCUCAGGGUGGA